CCGAACCAUAAUCGGGAUUUCCUAACGCUGCAGCCUCUGCGUCCGUCUCGUGGAUCCAGCUCAAAUCUGCGCUCUAGUCGCUCACCCUCAGCCAGCCGAAGCACCGAGCAAACUUUGUAACCGUUGAAUAUUAGCCUGCCUAACUAUCUACACUUGCAAUUCAAACCAAAUCAAUCAGAAUCAUUGAUAAAUCGAUUAACACGCAAUUUUAAACGCUAUUAAACUGCCUGCGAUUGCUUCUUCUUUUCCCCGCUCUCUCUUUCCGUCUCUUUUUUGUCUUGUUUGUAUAUAUCUUUACACGGCUCACGCACAGGUUGUCCAACUGUCAAUCAAUAAAGUGAAAUAACUCUUUUUUAAAACACUUUUUCAAUACACAACCCACACUCUGAAUCAUUACCGUUAAACACAAUUUAUUUUUGGAACUCUGAUCACUUUAAAUCCGCGGCUAAUGUAACAGUUAAAUAAAAACAUUGAAAAUAUUGUAAAUCAUUAUUACUAUCACUUUAAAUUUAGGUUGAAGGUUUUUUAACCACAGUCAAUGAUUAACUCAGUACACACAUAACACACUUAAAACGAUAAACUAAAACAAAGUACCUACAAAAAUAAGUAAAAAAAAAACUUUACCAUUAUGACAAAAACAGAAAAACCGGCGUUCGCAUAAUAUCAUAAAAAUAAUAUUCACAAAACAUUUGCUACAGAAUAUUUGCAAAUUAUAACUUAUGAUUAAUUAAACUUAUACGCAAACGAGAUAAGAAAAACGUAAAGAAAAAAAAAAAACUCAUUCUAAUAAAUGCACAGUAAACUUAAAUAAGUAAAUCAUUCCACACCAUCACCAUCCCCGUACACAAAAUAAACUCAAUGUGAUAUCAUUUUUUGUUUUGCAUUGCUAAAAAACGUGCCUCAUGAUCAAAAGAAUUUAAAAACAAAACAAAAACAACAACAAAAACCCAGCUUAAGAUUUAGAAAAUAACCCAAGACGUACUUUUCUAUGCGCCACAAUUCGCCAGUGUCCCGGGAGCGAGCUAGCGAGGCAGCGGCAGCCACACAGACAGCAGCAGCGACAGGGUCGAGUGCCACAUCCGCCGGAGUAACGGGAGCAACGGGAGGAGCAGGGACUGUGGCAGCGACGACAACGGCAACUGGGUGUACUGGAGGUACAGCCUCCGCGAACACGAACAGCAAUUCCUCGGCCUCAUCCAGCACAGUGGCAGCUGCACAGGCGGCUGUCUACAGCGGCGGCAACACGGUGACCGGCAGUUUGGGCAGCGGCGGGGUGGCGGCUCGUGGCUUCCGCAGCCACAGUCCCACCCACCGGCGACGGAGUCGCGAACGCCAGCGACGCACCCAUGGCUCCGAUCAGGGCGGCCUGUUGGCCUACAGCGGUCUCGUCGGCGUGAACGACAUGACGGAUUUCCUGGGGCCACAGCAAAGCGGCGGCGGUGGCGGAGGUGGCGGCGGUGGAGGUGGCGGUGGAAGCGCCGGCACAGGCAGCGGCCUGGAGGACUCCCGAUUGUCCGGCAAUGAGGAUUACUACUCCUCCUUUGUGUCGGACGAGUUCGACAGCAGCAAGAAGGUUCAUCGCCGCUGCCACGAACGCAGCUCCAGCGUCCAGGCCAUAGACCGGUUGAACACAAAAAUCCAAUGCACCAAGGAGUCCAUCCGACAGGAGCAAACUGCCAGAGAUGAUAAUGUCAAUGAGUAUCUGAAGCUGGCAGCCAGCGCAGACAAACAGCAGCUGCAGCGUAUCAAGGCUGUCUUUGAGAAAAAGAACCAGAAGAGCGCACACAACAUUUCGCAGCUGCAAAAGAAGCUGGACAACUACACAAAGAGGGCCAAGGACCUGCAGAAUCAUCAGUUCCAGACGAAGAGCCAGCACCGUCAGCCGCGUGAAGUCCUGCGGGACGUGGGCCAGGGACUUCGCAAUGUGGGGGGCAACAUACGUGAUGGCAUCACCGGCUUCUCGGGAUCCGUGAUGUCCAAGCCGCGGGAGUUUGCGCAUCUGAUCAAGAACAAGUUUGGCAGCGCCGACAACAUCAACCAGAUGAGCGAAGCCGAGCUGCAGGGCAUGCAGUCCGCAAACGCCGACGUCCUGGCGGGCAGUGAGCGACUGCAGCAGGUGCCGGGAGCCGGAACCUCAACGGGAUCGGGCGGCGGCGGACAGAACAACAAUGUUGGCGGAGCGGGAAGCGGUACGGGAAAAUUCAACAGUGACAAUGGCAGCGAAUGCAGCAGCGUGACCAGCGAAAGUAUACCAGGAGGGUCGGGCAAAAGCCAGUCGGGUGCCAGCCAAUACCACAUAGUGCUCAAGACAUUGCUAACAGAGCUGGCCGAGCGAAAGGCCGAAAAUGAGAAGCUUAAGGAGCGCAUGGAGCGGCUAGAGACGGGCCAAAAGGAAUUCAACAAUCUGACCGCCACACUUGAAAGUGAACGCUAUCGUGCCGAGGGACUCGAGGAGCAAAUCAAUGACUUGACGGAAUUACAUCAGAAUGAAAUUGAGAAUCUGAAGCAAACGAUUGCCGACAUGGAGGAGAAAGUACAAUACCAAAGCGAUGAAAGACUACGUGAUGUCAACGAAGUGCUCGAGAACUGUCAAACGAGGAUAUCGAAAAUGGAGCACAUGUCGCAGCAACAAUAUGUCACCGUCGAGGGCAUUGAUAAUUCCAAUGCACGGGCCCUGGUUGUGAAACUCAUCAAUGUGGUAUUAACGAUACUGCAAGUGGUUCUCCUGCUUGUGGCCACCGCUGCUGGCAUCAUAAUGCCAUUCCUGAAAACGAGGGUUCGCGUUCUCACCACAUUUUUGUCGAUUUGUUUUGUCAUCUUUGUGAUACGACAGUGGCCGGAUGUUCAGGAUAUUGGAUCCGGCCUAGUGCGCCAUCUCAAACAAUCGCUGGUGGUCAAGUGAGCUAAGUUGGGUUGGUAGCCACCAUCUCAUCUACCGAGUAGUUCAUACGUUAUUUAGUUAGCCUAAGUUAUUGAGUGCAUAUUUUGUAUAUAGAUUAUAUCGAUAACGAUUAUAACAAUUAUUUUAAGCUGAAAUUGUAUCAAUUAUCAAUACGAACACACACUCUCGAGAAACUGUACAAAACAUUCAUACGCAUACGUCUUUAUCACAUGCCCGCCUAAUCAUCACAACACACUCUCGCAUAAAAUUUAGCAAAAUUGAUUUAAACUAUGUAAUAACUUAAAAAUGCUGACAUGUCUACGUGCAUUACUCAACUAUAUUUCAAUAUACAUAAUUUAUGUAUAACCUAUAUAAAAUAUUUACAUUACUAUAAAACAAUUGAAAUUAUAUAAUAUGAAAGUUUGUAUAAGUCGAAAAUUUAUUCUCUAUCGGGAAAAUUUUUAGAAACGGUGUUUGCCAGUGGCAAAUUCUGCCCCCAUGCAGGCUGCAUUGCCUGCCAAUCGACUAAAUAGCUCCGAUUACCAAUCUACCAACUAUUAUUAGUGGACUUAACAUAUACCAUUGUUCACGCAGUUCGUAUAUGUUAAUUUGAACGGCUGUAGACUUUCCCAGCUUGUAAAAAAAAGAUACAAAAAUAUAGAUUGAUGACACACCAAAA